AUGCAGGACACAGAGCAGAGGGGAGGGGAGGGGAGGAGAGAGGAGGAGAGAGGAGGGGAGGGGAGGAGAGAGGAGGGGGAAAAGGUGGGAGUGACCCGGAGCGAGAGUGACAUUCCCGACGAGCACGGCAGCACGAGAGGAGCACAAAAGACAAGAGAUUCUCUAGGAAGAGGAGAGACCGACCGAUCGCAGACAUGUCUUUGGUGA